AUAGCACCUACCCUACCAAGUCGUGUUAGGAUUUUUGCUCAAGAAAUCAGGAAAGGAGACCAGAGACCACGGUCCUUGGUUUAGAUCAAGGAAUAGCCAACUUGCUUCGUUGGUUAGCUGGGUUUUCAAAAACAGCAGACUCUUCGACACUAUGGGUGCAGGCAGACCACUUAUCGCCCUACUGGGCCUUUUGUUCACGGCUGGAGCCUUUAUCCUCAUGAUGCUCACACUAAUAGGCGGAUCGCGGAAUACCAACCCUCUCAAUCGUACGUGGUUCCUCGAGGCCGAUACGUCGAACAUCCCUGGGGCACCAGAGACAUCGAGAUGGACUUUCUGGGGCGUGUGCGGUGUCUCCGAUGGGAAAAAUGACUGUCAUGGCACUACAGCCGCUUUUCCUCUUGAUCCGCCAUCGUCGUGGAAUUUCGACACUACCGACGGUGUGCCUCCUCAGUUUAUCGGAACUAGUCGAUAUUUCUAUAUCACACGGUUCAUGUUCGCGUUCAUGUUGAUCGGCGUCUUUUGGGUGGUUUUGUCGCUGUUCACUGGGUUGUUGGCUCUUUGCACGCGCAUUGGGGCCUGGAUCUCCGCUUUCUUCGCCGUGCUCGGUCUUAUUUUCCAGAUACUGACAUCUUCUUUAAUGACUGCCGGAUAUGUCAAGGGACGCAAUAACUUCUCAUCAAACGGCCAGCCGGCCAAAGUCGGGCCAAACGCAUUUGCGUGGAUGUGGACGGCAGUAGCACUCCUCUUCCUCUCCAGCUGUCUAUAUUGCGUAUCUGGGACUGGAAGGUCGAAGCGGCGGGCCAAUGCUACCGCUAGUGGAGCUACGACGGGACAUGAACGGAGAGGGUUCUUCAAAUCCCACGAUACACAGCGGGCUCGCACUGACGGCGCGGUUGACAAGGGUUACGCGUGAGGAUGGAGGGUGCCAGGGCUCAUAUAGCCUUUUAUCGAAAUGAUCUGGCUGAGGAAGAUGAUGAAAGGGAUGGAAGGGGAAAAAAA